UUCUCCUCAGGCAAUAACCAAACAACUCGAACAGUCGGACUUUGUAGUAAGAGUGCGGCGGCGAAGACAUGGCCUUGGCGGCUUCCAUUUCCUUAUCUGUCUCCUCGCACUCUCGCCGUUCUCUUGUAUCUGUUAAACCAUUUCGAUCUUCUAUCCAACCUACGAUCUUUAAAUCAGGCGGCACUCUUCGGAACCCUACAUUUCGCAUUUCGGCCUCUUCGAUGAGCAUCGAAACUCCCGAGAAGAUCUCUCAAAAUUCUUUCUUUGAUCGAAAAGAGAGCGGAUUUCUCCAUUUCGUCAAGUACCAUGGCCUUGGAAACGAUUUUAUCAUGGUUGACAACCGAGAUUCUUUGGAGCCUAGAGUUACUCCUGAUAAAGCGGUGAAGCUCUGCGAUCGAAAUUUUGGUAUUGGUGCCGACGGAGUAAUAUUUGCAAUGCCUGGAAUUAACGGAACUGAUUAUUCCAUGAGGAUUUUCAAUUCCGAUGGUAGUGAACCCGAGAUGUGUGGCAAUGGAGUGCGAUGUUUUGCCCGGUUCAUUGCUGAGCUUGAUAAUUUGCAAGGAAGGCGAAGUUUUACUGUCCACACUGGUGCUGGCCUGAUUGUUCCUGAAAUCCAAGAUAAUGGGAAGGUGAGAGUUGAUAUGGGUCAACCCAUACUCACGGCAUCAGAUAUUCCAACCAAUUUACCAGCAAAUAAGGAUCAAGCUGUUGUGAGAUCAGAACUGGAGGUUGAUGGUGUAACCUGGAAUGUGACAUGUGUUAGCAUGGGAAAUCCUCAUUGUGUAACUUUUGGUACAAAGCAAAACAAAACUUUACAGGUUGAUGACUUAAAUUUGGCAGAGCUAGGCCCAAAAUUUGAGCAUCACAUAAUGUUCCCUGCCCGAACUAACACAGAAUUUGUGCAAGUCCUCUCUCACUCUCACCUGAAAAUGCGUGUAUGGGAGCGUGGUGCUGGAGCAACACUGGCGUGUGGAACUGGAGCUUGUGCAGUGGUGGUAGCAGCUGUUCUCGAGGGUCGGUCUGAGAGGAGUUGCAGUGUCGAUCUUCCCGGGGGGCCAUUGGAGAUCGAAUGGAAUGAGAAAGACAAUCAUGUUUACAUGACUGGACCUGCUGAGGUGGUCUUUUAUGGAUCUGUACGCAUUUGAUUUCCACCUUUUUGUUUAUUAGUAAAUUAUCCGCUUUAAUCGGGAUGUUCAUAGAUUAUGCGUCUGAUGUAGAGUAUGACAUGUCAUGACAACUUUUUAAACUGUGCUGUAUUUUUAUCCCAUGAUAGUGCACUGCAGAAUGAACAGGGCUUCUUCUAGGGUAGGGAAUAGGGACCCCACUUAGGUAAGCAGAAGAAGACACUUGCCAGAGGCACAGAGUUUCUAACAACGGAUUAGGACCACAGAUAAUUACUAUUAAAUAUUUAAACAGAAAGUUGUUUAAGUGUUAUCCUUGUCACAAUCGAAUACAAUAAUAAAAUGAAUAUUGGCAAUUGGCUAGCGCCAAAGCCAUGGUGACAUGGUUAUUUA